AGGCGCUCGUCACCAAGGAGCCGAUCGUUACCACAAGAACCGAUAAGAAGGGGCAGUCGGCGCUGCAAAUGGCGGCAAAAGGGCAGAACCUUGAGGUGGUUGAAGAGCUGAUCAGGGCGGAUCCAUCCUCUAUAAAUAUGGUUGAUAAUAAGGGCAACACUGCCCUGCAUAUAGCUGCAAGAAAGGGCAGAGCUGAGAUUGUUAGAAUGCUUCUUAGGCACAGCGAAACGAACACGAAAGCGGUGAACCGGUCGGGAGAGACCGCCCUAGACACGGCGGAGAAAACCGGGAACCCUGACAUAGCUCUGAUUCUAAAAGAGCAUGGUGUGCAGAGUGCCAAAGCAAUCAAACCAGAGGUGAAAAACCCUGCAAGGGAAUUGAAGCAAACGGUAAGCGACAUAAAACAUGAAGUUCAUUAUCAACUAGAACACACUCGGCAGACCCGAAGACGAGUCCAAGGCAUAGCGAAACGACUUAACAAAAUGCACGCCGAGGGGCUCAACAAUGCCAUAAAUUCAACAACUGUGGUGGCUGUUCUUAUAGCCACAGUGGCAUUUGCAGCCAUAUUCACAGUGCCUGGUCAGUAUGUGGAUGAUCCGGAAGAUGUCCCGCAGGGCUUCUCGCUCGGGGAAGCAAACAUCGCCCCGAAAGCUCCAUUUAUAGUCUUUUUCAUCUUUGAUUCGAUAGCGCUGUUCAUAUCUCUAGCAGUUGUGGUGGUUCAAACUUCAGUUGUGGUGAUAGAGAGCCAGGCCAAGAAGCAGAUGAUGGCCAUUAUAAACAAGCUAAUGUGGCUGGCUUGUGUUCUGGUUUCUGUGGCAUUUUUGGCGCUGUCGUUCGUGGUGGUCGGAGAGCGGGAGAAGUGGCUGGCGAUCGGAGUGACACUCAUCGGAACCACCAUAAUGGCAACCACAUUGGGGACAAUGUGUUAUUGGGUCAUCAAACAUAGAAUUGAAGCAUCCAAUCUGAGGAGUAUAAGGAAAUCUUCAAUGGGGAGCAGAUCCAAAUCUUGUUCCCUCUCGGUCAUGUCUGAUUCUGAGAUUCUUAACAAUGAGUUCAAGAAAAUGUAUGCCAUUUGAAAGGUUUUUUUUUUUUCACCCACCAGAGUUUUUGGCUUUUGGCAGACAAAAAAAAUCUCUGUGUCCGGUUAACUUAGAAAAUUGUACACUUUUUGAUGGAGAUGAUCGUACCAUCUUCAUCUUCUUCAACUGCUUACUGAAUGUGACUAAUUGAAAUUCUCACCCACUCAUAUACAAAUUAAAAACUCUGAUUUUGUAAAA